AUGUUUAUUAUUCUUUUAAAAUAUUUUGUAGCAAUGAAUUGCAAAUCAAUCAACUAUGAAAAAUCAGAUCCACCAAUCCAAUACCAAAUUAAGCCUUCUAUUUACAGUAUUUUGGAUCAUGAAGAACAAGAAAAUAUAUUCGUUCCUCUUAAUACAGAAAUACUAACGUAUCAUGACAAGGAAAUGAACUUCAAAUACAACCAGACUUUAUUUUGCAGCAAAACAGCGAAAAAUGCACCUUCAAAUGAGCUUAAAGGAACUUUAACAUAUUUUUAUAUAUAAGGUUUUACCCUUAAUAGCCCGAGAGGAUGGAUGAUUCCCGGUGGAGUCAUCGAGUUGGUCCAACCAACAAGUGAGUUGGUCCGACCAAUGCACUAGGUUGGUUAGGCCAACUCGGUGAUUCCACGGGAAUCAUCUGUCCUCAUCGGCUAUUAAGGAUAAAACUCUCUAUAUUUCUAAUCGGCUACUUUAUCAUUACUAUAACUACUUUAUGCUUACUCUAUAACGAAGGGGAACAAACCUAUGAUCAUUUGAUUUUUCGGCUAAUUUUUUUGAUUUUUAUGGCUUGCAUCAGCAUUUUGAUCCUUUAUUUCUUAUGAAAAUCAACUUGGGUUCUCCAUCACAAUCAAAUGAUAUUUUUCAUAUUUGGCCUUCUCUGCAUCACUUUUUUUAUUAUUUCAGAUGAAAGAGUUUUAUCUCAAAUUACAGGUAACGAUUAUUCUAAAAAUCACCAGUCACAAAUGAUGAUUUUGGUAUGCUUUAUGAUUUUUUUAAAAGAUCUUUUCUUUGACACUUUUCGGUAUUUCAGUUUGCUUUCACUAUUUUGUGUGGUCUUACUAUUAUCUCUUUUCUUGACGGUUUCAUCUUUGUCAAUUUUUACAAAUCUUAGUGAAAUGCUGGUAAUUUUUAUUUUCUUAUCAAUAAAAUCGAUAGAAACCUAUCAGACUGAAUAUCGAGCUAAAAUUUUAUUUUGAAGAAAACUAAAAGAAGAAGAAAAACUUGAUACAGUCUCAGCGUUAAUUGAUAGCACAAAAUCAGGCCAAGCUUAUGUAAAUACAGAAAUCGAAUUAAUGUACUCAUCAUGUGACAAAGUACUUGAGCAAAUAAAAUCAGCAAAAUCAGUGAUUAUGUUCAAAGAUGUAAAAAAUACCCUUAAAAGUGCUAUAAAUGAAGUUGAAAAACUUAAGCGGCAAAUUGCUCACAAUACAUUUUUAAAAGACCCGAAGUUCGCUAAAAAUGUUGAAUUUGAUCAGGAAGACAAAGAUUAUCUCAAGCAGCAGUUUAUGAUUACAGCUGAUCCUAGCAAUAUAGGAAGCUCUUUUCUCAAAGUAAAUUUAGUGAAACAACAAGUAAAACUGGAAAGUUUUCCAGGCCAUCAAUUGUUGUCUGGCCUUGGAGUGAAUUGGAAUUUUGACGUAUGAUUUUUAUUUCAAGUGACAAACGAAAGCUUAUCGACAAUCUGUAAAUAUUUUUUCCAACUAUGAGGAUUAGCAGAAACCUUCAGCAUUUUAGAGGAAACUGAAAUAAGAUUUUUCAAGACUUUGGAAACUGUAAGAAAUAUUUAGAAUUACUUCCAAAAUCCUUACCACAAUGCUUGCCAUGCAGCAGAUGUACUGCAUUCGCUAUUUUAUUUCUAUAUGCAAAGUGAUAUUAUAAAAAAUAUAACACCUCUUGAUACUAUGGCUUCUAUUAUAGCUGCAGCUGGACAUGAUGUGGGGCAUCCUGCUUUAUCAAACAGAUUUUUGAUAAACAAUAAACAUGAAUUGUCACUGAGCUAUAAUGAUGAUAGUGUCCUUGAAAACAUGCAUAUUGCCAAAAUCUUUAGAAUUAUGAGCAAUGAGGAUUGCAAUAUUUUUGGAGGAUUAAAAACUGAAGAUUGGUUUAAAGCGAGAAAAUUAAUUAUUAAAAUGAUUUUAGAUACUGACAUGUCAAAGCAUUUUGAGUGCUUUGGAAGAUUCAAAAUGAGAGCUCAGUGUCUAUGUGAUUUAUCAUUCGAUAACUUUGACGAUAAAGUCAUAAUCCUAUGCAUGGCUUUAAAAUGUGCUGACAUAGGUCACAGUGCAAAGAAUAUUGAAUUGCAUGAAAAAUGGACAAAUCUUAUUUGUGAAGAGUUUUAUAGGCAAGGAGACUUACUCCCCUCAUUUAAUAAAAAAAUCUUUUCUAUUUAACAGCAAUAAAAAAGGGGAAUAUUAAAUGGGAGAGGGUUAGAAAAAGAAAGAGGCCAGCAGGUAUCUGCUUAUUGUGAUAGAAGUAACAGUGAUAUUGCGAAAAAUCAGUCUGGAUUUUUACGGUUUAUCUGUGUUCCAUCGUUUGAUAUAUGAUGUGGAUUUUUGGAUAACGAGGAAAUUAAUAAAAAUGUUCUUGUGCAAGUCCAUAGCAAUUUGACUUAUUGGGAAGAUAAAAUAAGGACAAGAAAGUUUAGUUUAGAGUUAGUGAGCGAUUUAAAUGCAUCUUCAACGAAGGAUUUCAUGCAACUUUAUAGAAAGCAGAGCUUGAUGGAUAGCAAGCUGAUGUCUAGGAUGCUGAGGUAA